AUGCAUUAAAAUCAAAUUACUUAUAUUUUAACAUCCGAUCUGCCUUGAUUUAAUGUUCGUUUUUUUCUGGACAAAACUACCACGUUCAAACACGAUUUUAUGACAAGUACUUUAAAUUGGUACUUGAGAUACCUUAAAAAUAUUUUUUAAAACAACCACGAUUUGGGAUAAAUACAACAAAUCAGCAAAAGUUAGUUAGUUAGUGACCGUGCUUGGUUGAUCAAAUUUCAUUAGCUCCAAGUUAUUUAUCAUCAGAAUAACAGAUAUCUAUUGCGUCACAAUACAAUAUUGAUGUCAUGUACGAAAUUUUUUACAAUCAUGAUGGAACAAAUUUUCGGCUGAAACUAAUCAAACGAACAUGUCUACAUAACGUGUCCUCUACAAUAGCGUCCCGCGCUAAUUCGAAUUGUGUAUUGACUCAAUUAGCGUUGCUUGUCAGGUAUUGAUCCACACUGUGCUAAUGCGAUAGUCCGGGCUAAUUUAAAUCGGCCGUGUAAUCGAGGCUUGGCUAAGAAUUUUUUUAAUUUCAUUUCCACAGAUCAAUACCAAAAUUUUGUGACUGAAUCCAGCUGAUAAGGUUUAUUUAUAUCAUAACUGUUCAGGGCAGGACAGGCAAUUCACAAAGAGUUUUGAAGGUGUACUGUGACGUACACGCUAGCGUGUUAUAACGUAAACUAGUUGGCUACGGGCAGAGUUGUGGUCGUUAACGUUAUAUUGAGUUCACGGUCAAAAACUUAUCUCGAAUUGACGCAUUCAAAUAUCAAUCAAAUUUAUAUUUUAGUAUUGUCUGUAGAGUUUAUGUUAUUUCCCUGAUAUUCAAAAGUGUCUAUUUAGUGGGUUACUGAAAUAGAAAAUAUGUUGCGUGAUGUGCCGAUGAAUGGGUUGUGAUGUGAAAAAUGCCAUUGAUUUUGUAAUCAUUUUGCCUUUGCGGAAACAGGGUUUAUCUCACAAUACGUAAAGCGUGUAGUACAGCGAUGAUUUCCCUCUCUCUGACUGACAAAAGAUAUCUGUGUAUUUUGUAAACUGAAGACGCGCUGGCAUGUUUUUGUAGAGUGCGUGAAGCCGUAGCGCAUAACACGUCAGUUUUGUACGUUGAAUUUCUGAAAGAGUAUAGAUAAUGCGACACUCAGCUGGUCAGGGAUAUUGUUAAUAACAUCAGAGUUUGCCGAGAAGGCUGUUCAAGCAGCGUUGAAAACGCACUCAAUUCUGAUUUACGGAUUAUUACCAGUUGACACCCAAGACAAAUUGUUUAGCCAGUGAAUGAGGUUUAGGGCGUUUGGUUGGUCAUUUUAUUAGUUUUAGCUCAAAGGCCAAUUUUCAGCGGCGGAUGUCAUUCGAAGCUCCGAAGAAGUCAUUUUUACGGGCUAUUGAGUGGAAACCAUUUUUUUCAUAAACGGCGCCAUUCGAAUUACAUGUUUAGUUUCGCAUUCCUAUUCGUUAUUACAAUUUUACUCUGAGAGAUACUUGACAAAAAUUUACUUCCACAAAAUUUUACAAAAUACCUAAGAUUGUUUUACGCUUUGAUUCGCAUUUAUUGAGAAUGGUUCCCAAAUAAUGCCUUGUGGGCAUUAGCGUUGCUAUUUUAAACUUUUAUGUAAUUGACUUCAUGUAUCAAACAGUAAGUCUAUCGCUAGCUAUGCUUCAAGAAAGUUACGGUAGAGUAGUUUCCGUACAACAGCCUAGGCGGAAUUCAAGCAGCAGUAGCGGCUGUUCGGCCGAUAUCAAACUAUUAGCUGACAAUGUUUCGGAUCAAGACGAUCGUUUGGCUGAAGAUAUUUCAAGACACACGAGUUCGGAACGUUUCAUGGUUGAUAAAGCUAGAAAAAACUCUAAACCUCUGGACAGAAAGGUGACGAAAUCGAACAACAACAACUCGUAUUCUCCAGAACAUAAUUUGGCUGACAGAACUUUUCCAAAUUCACCCGCGUCGCCGAACACAGUAGAUUCGGUUCGUUAUAUUCGACAAAGUACUAGAUCCGCGGAAGAUGGAUUUAUGGAGCCGAUUUUAUCGGAUGACGAUGGCGAAGUUUUUGCUAAAGACCAAAGACACAGUCCCAGCAAAAGAGGAAAUUUUUUUCGAUAUUUAUCGUUGAGAAAAGAUUCUGCAUCGCGUCCACACGGACGACGGACAUCGAUAUUUUCGAAACUGCAACAUACCUUGAGGAAAAAGAAAAUGUCGGACCAACCGAGAACGGAAUCGGUGACUUCAAUCACAAUAGGAGAGGAAGAUAUUCUCCAAUCAGCUCGCAGAGACAAAAGAUUGAGACUAAAUGUUGGAGGAGUUGUUCAUGAGGCUCGGUGGACUACUCUUGAUAAAAUUCCACAAACAAGAUUAGGAAAGUUACAUCACUGCACCACUAUGGCGUCACUUUUGGAAUUAGUAGAUGAUUAUGACGCAAAUAAAGAAGAAUUUUUCUUCGAUCGACAUCCAGGUGCUUUCACGCCAGUUCUCAAUUUUUACAGAACUGGUAAGCUGCAUAUGCCAGAGGAUAUCUGUGCUCUUGCAUUUAGUGAAGAGUUGGAUUAUUGGGGAAUUGAAGACAUUUACAUAGAAUCAUGCUGUCAAGGAAGAUAUCAUCAGAAGAAGGAACAAAUUCUUGAUGAAUUACGGAGAGAAGCGGAUGCGUUGAGAGAAAGGCAAGGUGAUGAUUUUGAUGGAAUGUGCUGCGCAGAUAAAAGAAAGAAAUUAUGGGAUCUUCUGGAGAAACCGGGAACAUCUCUCGCCGCUAAGAUUCUUGCCAUUGUGUCGAUUCUUUUCAUCGUCUUAUCAACUAUAGCUCUCAGCCUUAACACCCUCAAAUCAUUACAAGGUGAAGACGGAAACGAUAACGCACAGUUAGCGCAUGUUGAGAGUGUAUGUAUUGCGUGGUUUACGAUGGAAUAUUUACUUCGUUUGAUAUCAGCUCCUAACAAAUGGAAAUUUUUCAAAGGACCUUUGAAUAUAAUAGAUUUAUUAGCUGUACUCCCGUAUUACGUAACAGUAUUUUUGACGGAGUCCAACAGUCAAAUUCUACAAUUUCAAAAUGUUCGAAGGAUUGUGCAAAUUUUUCGAAUUAUGAGAAUAAUGAGAAUAUUAAAAUUAGCUCGGCAUUCUACGGGACUACAAUCACUCGGAUUUACACUGAGAAGAAGUUACAAUGAGCUCGGCUUGCUAAUGUUAUUCCUCACGAUGGGAAUUAUGAUAUUUUCAAGUUUGGCGUACUUUGCAGAAAAAAUCGAAAACGGCGACCAAUUUAGCAGUAUUCCAGCAUCAUUCUGGUGGGCUACAAUAACCAUGACAACAGUGGGGUAUGGAGACAUUUACCCUAUAACACCUUUGGGAAAAGUUGUCGGUUCGAUUUGCUGUAUCACAGGGGUGCUCGUUAUCGCCCUACCUAUUCCUAUUAUAGUCAACAACUUUAGUGAGUUUUAUAAAGAACAAAAGCGACAGGAAAAAUCAAUAAAACGAAGGGAAGCUCUUGAAAAUGCCAAAGCAAAUGGGCAAAUGAUCAACAUUGGAAACGAUUUCAAAAAGUCCCUGGAAUUGGUUGAUGUAGAUGUAGCAAUUGACGAAAAUCCCGGCAGCAAAUCACCGUCUCAACACAUACGAAGUUUCGAAGAAAAAGAUACUCUGGGUAUUGGGAAUUCAGACUCCUACCACCACUUGGGUUCUCCAAACUUAUUGAAGCAAAAUUCAAAAUUAGGGAACGGAAGUAGAUCCGCUAGCCACUCUUCGAUGGAAUCGCCUUCUUCAAAAAAUCUAUCGAAGCAAAUUUAUCCGGUUACAACCUCAACUGCAUGGGCAGAGAAUGAUCCGGAAUCAGGGUACUCCCCUCCACAGCAUAACAAUAUAAAAGAUAACAGUUAUGCCGAUGACGAAAUACGAAACGAUUUAGAAAUGCGACUAAAAGCUAUCGCGACAAACAAUAACACAAAUCAAAACAACAGUCACAUAGACAAUCACGAUGCUGAAAUUGAGAGAUAUCAAUUCUCUUUGCUAAAUAUCCCGAACACAAAUGAUGACGUAACUAAUUCACGCACAAACUCACCACGUGGUGCGUUGAGGUCAGACGGGUACAUUCGUUCGGUGUCUUAUUCUCAUCUGGAGCCAUCGUCUGCCGACUCAAAAAGAACAGAUGAUGGAAGUGAUGUGUUUUCGUUUUCUAGUUUGGAUCGACAGACAAACAGAGACAGUUCCUCUGUAUCGACAACGACAAGCGGAAUCAGCGUUGACGCAGCAUCGGGACAGUGGCCGGUCACAGAUUUAAUAAUAAAAAGGGAAGAUUCUGGUUUAGGUUACGACCCAUUAUGUGUACCGAGUACUACAAAAGCACCAUUACUUGGAAGUAUAGAAGAAAGUGGAAGCUUUGAAUCAACGAAUUCCGCUGAUACAAUAAUUGUUGCCACCAACGCAUCUUCAACAGGGAAAUUAAAACGACAGUGGUCCCAGGACACGCCAAUAUAUCAUAUAGGAUACAAUCCAAUCUCUCACCAAGAUAAUCCAACAACCUAACAAAAAGGGAAGGAGACGUACGGCCAACCUCGGGACAAGUUUCCAUUGCGCAAAAAGAUUAUUGAAAUCUUCUUGAUAGAAAUGUCAUCAGCAAACGGUGGCGUGUUGGUUCUGUCAAGACCAUAAACAAAUUACUAUCGUGGACUAAAAUAUUUAUAAUCCAAGUACAAUUCAACACAUAAGUGACAUCAAACAUGUGAAGUCCCGGAUUAAGCAGAAUUUGUCAUGAUUGUUCAGUUGAUCAAUUUAUUAAAUACUAAUAAUGUUCCCUCUAAAAUAUUUCUUUUCCCAAUGUAAAGUUGAAUUACAAGUUUACAAAAAUUUUUCUUUAUUGCCAAUGCACUGUGAAAUAAUAUGGUAUUUGGGUAUGUCACUGUUCUUCAAGUUCUAUUUUUAUUUUGUGAAAAGGUGCUCACUGCUUACCAGCGAGCGGCAAACAAUCUAUUGAAACUUUGAGUACAAAAUGCGCGCAAUAAAGGUUCAAGGUAUUAUUUUAACAAGUGGUCUUUCAGGUCAUUUUUACUGAUCAAAUAUAAACAUAUUUAUUGAAAGCUAAAUAAACCGAUGCCUCAUAUAUUGUAACAAACAUUUGGUAGCGAUGUUCAGAACGAGUAGAACGUUUGAAACGUUAAUUCAUCUGAUCUUACCAACCACGAACGCUUUAACUCCGGGAAACAAAAGUUGUCUUUUAGUAAAAUAUCGAGUUCUUAUUUUGUUCCUUAUUAUUUGAAUUUGUACUUAUUCGGAAAUUAUUCUAAAAAUGAAUAUAUGAGAUGCAGUUAUUAAAGAAUAUGAGGUGUUUGAAAUCUACCUCGAACUACUGCGUUAAAAAUUGUUUGUGUCCAAUAUGAAAUUAGAAUGAAUUAUAAAUGAAAAUCAUUUGAAAUUUUCUUUAGUAGCAAAUAUAUAUAUUUUAUUUGACAAAAUGCUUUUUCAGUCAUAGACAAUUCCCUGAGAUGUCAUUGAAUUUACUACUCAAACGUAAUGUUAUUAUCAACAACAUGUAACCCGGAUUGUUACAUAUUCAUUUGAAUUUCAAGAAUCAAUUUGUUACUACUUGACAUGCUAUAUAUUUAAUCUACCAAAGUUGUUUCAGUGUGAUUUGAAUUGCCGCAAACAUUUAUUAUAUAUAUAUAUAUAAACUUUCAUUUUACUUUUCUGAAAAAUUAUUUUUCUUUCUUUGGUAUUGCUCUUUAAACUUAUAAAUAUUGUUGCACUGAAAGUUUUAUUGAAGUAUAAAAUAUAAAAUCUAUGUGUUU